AUGGCUCCAAUCCACCCUCUUGUACAUCCAGUGCACGCUCUCAUGAGUCCGUCGAUCCUCAUUCAAGCAAAAGCCAUGCUGAUCCAAGUCGUUGCCCACUGUUCACAGUUGGUCAGUCCAUCAAUCCUCGUUCAGGCAAGAGCCAUGCUGAUCCGAGUUGUUGCCCACCGUUUGCAGACUUUUGCGACGUUCCCAAUGCGACAGACACCAUGCGCGAAUGCCCAGCGCGCGCCAGCAAAUUUGCCCGUGCCUCCACUCCUCCUUCUUGUGCCAUCCACAUAUGUUCGAGUCACGUCAGCAUUCACUGACGUGUGCUGGACAUAUGUGCUAAGCACUGGCGGUGAUACCUAUGGUACCCACGGGUAA